AUGCAUCUGGAGUUUGCCUGUACAUGGUGGACGGAAAACCUCCAUCCCAACGCACAUCUCACGACGACCCAUGACCUCGGUUUCAUGAUUUUCCCAUGGGCUCGCCCGGCGUGGGAGCUUAACCAUGACCGACGGGCGUUCGAGUCCGCCAUCACGGCCGCGAAGUCUCUCUAUAGUCGAUACGACAACACCGUCGGAUCGAUUCGGUCCUGGGACGUCUGCGUUACCAAGCGGUACAAGUUUCUGGAUCCAAGCAAGGACUUUCUUGUCAUCAUCGAUAACAUGAUGAACCUCGACAUGGUCUUCUGGGCUGCUGCCCAGCUCGGAGACCAGGACAUGUACAAUGCCGCUGUCAAGCAUGCCGAAACGACCCGGACCCAUCACAUCCGCGAAGAUUUCUCGACAUUCCAUGUGGUGAAUUUUGAACAGAAGACCGGCGUGCCGAAGGAGAAUAUCACAAACCAAGGCUACUCCGACACAUCCUCCUGGUCGAGAGGCCAGGCAUGGGCCAUUGCUGGCUUUGCGCAGACAUACAGCUGGACUCGUGACGUCUCCUUCCUCGAGACCGCCAUUUCUUGCGCGGAGUACUUCAUCGCCCAGCUUCCAUCCACUUGGAUCCCUCCGUGGGAUUUCACGGCUCCGAAGGACGAACCGCAGCCUCCGGAUGUCAGUGCCGCGAUGAUCACUGCCUACGGCAUGCUGUUGAUCCACGAGGCCUUGUCUUCUCUCGGAAGAGAGUCGACGUACCUGAAGCAUGCGAUCAAGCUCAUUCGAGCCACAUGUAGUGUCCAUAUGAAUGGUGGCGGUCGGUAUCUGAAGUCGAAGAGGACGAUCGACACCGUUGAGCAUGGGACCGUGGAGGAAGAUAUCGGCUGGAACGUGGACGGGGAAGGUGAGCCUGAAACGAUCUUGAACGGCGCGACCAUCAACAACUAUGAAUUCGCACCGAGAAGAUGGGCAAACCACGGGCUGGUGUACGCCGACUACUUCUUCUUGCUGGCAGGGAACAAGCUUCUAGAGAUGGGGGUUCCAGAAUUAUUCGAGGAGCGUGCUUGA